AAACCAAUCCCCCUCCCCCCCCCUGACCUCCGUCCAAACAACAACUCCUUCCUUGGAACUCUGUCGAAUCCAGGUCAGGGCUUCGUUGAUGUCCUUUCCAGCAAGUUUCUUCGCCCAAAGGACCACCUAGGAGAAGGUCAGAAGUCAGAAUCCUGCGCCUACUGCCCUACCAACCUACCUGGGAAGCCUUGGUACUGAUCGACAUCGGACGCCCUGCUGCGCGCUACCCGGCCAGCCUCUUCCCUCUCUCUGCCCUCCAGCUGAUCGAUCCUCCUUUGCACAUCAACUUUUCCACGGUCGUCGCUUUUUCGCCAACUCCUUCUUUUCGAUCCUGCAAUUCUCCCCAUCUCAUCGCAUCUUGUGCGUUCGAGCGUGUGUGUGUGCUUCCUGAUUCGUUCCCGGUGGUCUUUUCUCCGCGCGCGACCACGACAUCAUCGCCGUCACUUGCGCUUUAUCCGUUCGUUCCAACAAGGGCUUGUUACAAGAGAAGGCAUCACGCACAACAACCACAACGUCGCAGGGGACCUCCUCGUCCGACACCCGCUUAAGGGCGCAUUGCCUCUGAAGCCGACAUGGCGACAAAUGGCGCAGGCUCAAUAAGUCCUCCACAGUCCAUCGACAGGUCAGCACAACGUGGUGCGCCUGCACCUCCUCCCCUAGCUACCGCAUCUCCUCCUUCCAGACGAGAGUUGGCAUCAUGGUGGAAAAAGUUCCGAAAAACGACGGAAAAAACAGACGAGAAAGUUGAAAGCGGUCCUGGCAUCUUUGGCGUUCCGUUGGCCGACAGCAUUAGAUAUGCGAAUGUUGCAAUCUCGUUACAGAAUGAGAAUGGCGAAAGCUUCAUCUACGGCUACGUACCCAUUGUGGUAGCAAAAUGUGGUGUGUUUCUGAAAGAGAAAGCUACGGAUGUCGAGGGUAUCUUCAGACUGAGCGGUUCAGCGAAGCGAAUCAAAGAUCUCCAGACCGUGUUCAAUUCUCCUGACAGAUACGGAAAAGGACUGGACUGGACCGGUUACACUGUUCAUGACGCGGCCAAUAUACUCCGCCGCUAUCUCAAUCAGUUGCCUGAACCCAUUGUUCCUCUAGACUUCUACGAGCGAUUCCGAGAGCCCCUCCGAAAGACGCAGAUCCAAGGGCCAGAUGGCGAAAUGCAUCCCAGAGAUCUUAGCGUCAGCGAGCACAGCGCAGCCGUCUCUUCCUACCAGAAGCUCAUCACCGAAUUGCCACCUCUGAAUCGACAACUCCUCCUCUACAUCCUUGACUUGUUGGCAGUAUUUGCCUCCAAAUCAGAUCUCAACCGCAUGACUGCCGCCAAUCUAGCGGCCAUCUUCCAACCGGGCAUCAUCUCACAUCCUUCGCACGAUAUGGCUCCUCAAGAAUAUAGGCUCAGCCAAGAUGUUUUGAUAUUUUUGAUCGAGAAUCAAGAUAACUUCCUCAUUGGAAUGUCAGGAACGGCAGUUGAUGAGAAGACCCAAAAAGAUGUUGAAAGUGGCCCACCAUCAGUACGCUCUCCCAAGCCGGUUGGUAGAUCUACAUCCAACGCCAGUGCAGGCGCAGACAGUCUGAGAAAGUUCGGCGUGCGCCGAAAUGUAUCAGUGUCCUCCCGUGGUUCAAGAGAACGGAGCAGCCCAGGCGUCUCGAGUCCAGGCACACCUUCCGGAGUAACCUCUUUUGGAGGAGGCUCGGGCAUCUCUCGCAGCAAUACUGUCCCCUCCAAAAGGUCCCCAGCUAUCGCUUCUGGCAGAUUUCAACGCAUGAACGACGUUCCAGAUUCGAGUGUUCCUGCAGUCAGCUCACCAAUUGCAGGCCCAGGAACACCUCAAGCGAACUACGAGACCGGCGGCGAGUCGAAGUCUUCAAGUUUGGUAUCGAAUCAACCCGAUGAGACCAAUGUUAAAGUUGCACCAGUAGCUACCGAAGAUCCUACCACUCGACCACCUGAUUCGCAAACUCAGACAACUUCGAUUCCCCUGGCCACUCCUAGCCAACUUCAGCCUCUGCCAUCACCAUUAGCGACUCAGCAAGUCCUCACCAACGCACCGCCGACUGCAAACAAGGAUCGCAAAAUGCCGAACAUAUUCUCCAAAUCCCCCAUCUUCGGCCCUUCAGAUCCAUCUGGUAGACAGCCUAGAAAGCUUCAAAAGAGACAGAAAAUCCCUGGAGCCGUCAACGAAAGUGCACAGAGUUCGUCGAACUCCCUACAAGGAGAUGAUGCGGGGACGUUCCAUACCCCCCUCGUCUCUCCCGAUCUCAAUAGUGUACGUCAAGCCGAUCCACUGGCAGCACCGCAAGGUCCUGCUUUGACGAGCACAGCUGCAACCCCAGUCAACGAAACACCAGGACAAACGCCGUUUGGCGCGAACGACGAACAGAACCAAGUUUCCGGAUUAAGACCCCCUCCAAAAUCACCACCUGGUUCCACUCGAUCUCGCUCCUCCUUUACGGACCAUUCAGAACCCGAUGCAGGAGAAGACACGUCGACUCAGCCGGAGAAGGAGAAGCGUCGCAGCAAAUGGAGAUUCUCGUCGUCUGCCAAGAAGGGCGAAAACUCACCGUUGGCUCCUCCACCACCUGUUGGGCAAAACCAAGGUGCCCGAGGCAGCAAUAGUUCCCUCGGCAGUGCAAGUCGACCACGAAAGAGCUUUACCGGAGACUCUCAACAGACGCAGUCGGCCUCCCAAUAUGGUGAUGCACAGUAUGGAAGCGGACAGCAGUCGUUGAUGUAUUCGAGUCAAGAGUCGAACGAAGGACACAACGCAGAAGGGGAGAAGAAAGGUUUAUUCGGCAAGUGGAGAGCCAAGAUCUCUCAGACAAGAGAAGAGAGACAAGCCGAGAAGGAAAGAGCCAAGAGUCCACCAAGGAACGAACAUGGCGGCUCGAGAAGCAGCUUGAAUGCAUUCGCUCAGGAAAAUUUGGCACAGAGAGGCCGAUCGUUCGAUAGACCUCGUGAAGAAGCUUUGCCUGGUGUGGUUGAAAAGCCCGUUGCCGAGAGCCAAGCUCAAGACCCCAAGCCAGCGAUAGUGCCCGAGCAGGGAGGAAAAUGAAAAUCGAAAGCAAGAAUGGUAUUGACGACGUGAUGACCACUGUGAUUGUCUAUUGGAUGAUUCUGGCGGUGUUGGCCGCAUGGCGCUCAGGAUUUUUUUUUGCACAGGAACUGGACACAGUACGUAAAUCGGGGGAAAGACUCGGGAGGUUUUAAUAGUAUGGAAGUGAAUGUGUCCUGCAAAGUCUGGGAAAGACACAUCGGGUUUCACGAGGCAAAUGAGGCAAAACAAGUUGGGAGCAAGAACAACCUUGAAGCUAGAAGAAGCAUGUAUGAGAUGGAAGAACAGAUCUAAAUUGAUGAGAAUGUCACAGAGGCAAGUGACAUGUGCAAGCAUAAAAUGAUAUCCCUUGGUGACUAGUAAUCCGUCUCACAUGAG